AUGCAAAAUGUGACUAAAACAUUGUUUUUUUUCUAUUUCAAGUUAGAGGCCUACUCUGUUAAAGUUGCGCUCAACUUCGCGCAUUUACUUGAACGUUCCCCUAUACCCAUUUCUCCAUGCCUUCUUGUCUCUACUAUGCUUACCCCGAAUGAUGUAUAUGAUACUGCAUCUUCGAUUGGGCAAGAUUGUCAGAUGCUAAUAGAUCAGCAUGGUCCAGAAAUUCUCUCUUCAUUAAUGCCUAAAGUUGUCAGUAUUCUAGAGGAGCUUGAAGAAUGUACAUCUUGCUUCGAAAAAGAACAAGAGGAAAUAUCCCGCCUACAAUCAGUUAUUAAAACUCUCAAAGAAGAAAAGCAAUCCAGGAUUGAUGGUAGAAACACUUAUGAUAAGGGGUUAGAACAACUGGAGCAAAGCUGGUUUACAGAGACGCGUGAUCUCCUAGCUAAAGUUAAUCUCCUUGAGGAGGAACAUAGACGCCUAAUUACUCAAUUGGCUCAGAGUGGAGGUUUUGCGGUUCCCGAGAGGACCGAGGGCAACAAAAAUCUCGAACCUUGUUCUAAUGCACCAAAAGUUGUAUGCUCAUCCUUAAAUGAAAAUGAAUUUAAUGCUGCAGAGAAAGAAGUAAAAUCCGUUCAUUAUUCUUCAUCUAUUCCGAGUAAAUAA